GUUCCAUUUUUAUAAUAUAGUACAUUUACUGUAAUUUUGCUUGUUUUCCACUAGUUUUUGUGACGUUUUACGGCUUUUGGGCAACAUUUUCAACCAAAAAUGGCAUCACCGUCAAUUCCUGACUUUAUGGAACGAAAAGGAUCGUUAUUCCUCCGCUCUGAUCACAUGGACUACGGCAGAGCAACACUGGUGUCAAAUUGGCACCAAGCUCGAGAGUCUGAGCCAAAAGACCGUGAUACCAAUGAACUGUCAACCAAGAGAAAGUUGCAUCUUUCAUCCUACAAAAGAAUUGGAAAUGGAGACAGUAAUACAUCAUCAUUUGUAUCAACCAGCCAUGACCAAAUGCAAGAAGCAGUCAGAUUGAAAGAUGAUUUUCAGCCUAAAGUAACAAGAGUAUCAAUGAUAAAUCAGGAUAAUUUUGAACAUGCUAAUUUAAGUCGUGAUACAGGAUGCCCUGAUCGAGGAUACGGUAGUGUCCUACCAAGACAUUCAAAGGAUCACAACAAAAGGUACUUUGAUACAACUCAAAGAGUCGAUUAUCAGCCUCCGCAUCCUUACGCACCUAAGACACCAGACGUUGACAAUCCUUAUGAAUACAACUCGUCACCCCUGUGGAAAAAAUGUCACUCGCAGUUCACAGACGUGGAUGAUUAUCGUCGCCAUGGUAACAACACAUGGCACAACCAGAGUGGUUGCUAUGCCAACCAGGAUGUACGUGGGACUGUUGUUCCAAAAACUGACACUAUACCUGAAAGGUUACUCUAAUCAACUAUUUUAAUUGUACAUAA